AAAAAAAAAUUAAUUUAAUUAAAAUUAAAAUGCACAAUUCUUAGUUUUCGGUGAAAUUUACUGCUCUAAAAAAAUUGGCUCUAGCUUCUCUCUGGCGUAUAUUACAGCAAAUUGAUUUCAAGUACUUUCCGAAGAAAUUUUUAAGGGCACGAUUAUGACUCACAACGGGUACCGCUUAUAAGAAGUAAGAGCAUCAAUUUACACGAUCUUAUUACCCAUUACGAAUCAGUAGCGCUCUUCAUGCCCUUUCUCUUCAUAAAUACUAACUCGCUUUGCACGAAAUGGUAAACCCUAUAAAAAUUAUCCGAGACAUCAACUACACCAGGAAUAUCAAUAGUCAACAGUGCAUUUCAACAAUUCAACAAUUUGCGAUUUGAAACCGGAUUCGAGUUGUGAUCAGCUAGUUACCUGUUUUAAACAACUGAUCACCGAACAGCUGUUUGCUUGGUCAGCGCUCUCUCGCCGGUAGAGUGCUUGUCAAUGCAGAGAGCGCUUAGGAAAGGUGUAUACAUAUACUCAGCCAACAACAACUCGUAUACAAAAUGUUUUUUUUUUUUGUUUUCAGCUAAGCACAGCACGACUUUUAAGUUAGGCUUGUAGUUUGUUCUGUGCCGCUCACCUUUUGCCACGAAUUCUGUGUGUCAGCGCGUGUGUUGAAGAGCAUGAAAAUGCAUUAGCAAACACGGGACUAACGCAAAGAAUUCGCAUUAACAGUGCAAAUACGAAACUGUAUACAUACUCAUAUAAAUUAGUUAGACUUGGAUUUCGAGACAAGCUAAUGCUAAGUCAGAUGGCUAAACAAUUGGCGGCGCAGUGGCAGGAAUAAGCGAAGUUUGUGAACGUCACAUGAAAACAGGGACGGCAAGCGAAUGCAGAGACGCAGAUUUAAUUGUAUCUAGAAGAUACAUUCGUCAUGGCGAUUACUCGUGUAUUGUGAAAAAGCGCUUAAAAAACAACAGUUAACAAAGCCACAACGCGUUACAAACGGCGUACAACAGCAAGCCGCGCAGCAAAAGCAAAUAAAGUCGAGAGUGCGAGUAAGUUAUUGUGAGCGCUACGCUGGCUACGCUGUCUUGCAGUAGGUUGAGUGUUGCGCCAAAGAAAACACGAAAACGUAGAAUGAAAAGUUCAAGAAACAGUGCAGAUCAGCUCAGUUGGCCAAAGUUGGUUGGGUUAGUACACCAGUGCGGUCGGUGUCGUGCGUUCAGUGGUUCGUCGGUUGGCGUUUAAAAAAUUAUUGCUUACUGCCACUUGAGCUCAGUUGGAUUGCGUUGCAAGUGCAAAGACUUUGUGUAACGCAGAAGAUAGAGCAAAAAAUACAAUAGAAAAAAAGUAAAAAAAAAAAAUACAAAAAGUUAAUAAAUUACUAAGUAGGUGAGCAAUAUCAAAAAAAAAAAAAAAAUUAAUGAAAAGCGUGUGGCCCUUUUUCGCAGCAACUUUCGUGAAAUGUAAUACCAACAACACCAACCAUCGAAAACCUUAAUAAAAAAGUGGCUGAAGUGAAUUGCAAAAGCGGUCGCGGCAGCAACAACACCACAAAGCACAGUGGUGUGGCAGCCAACGAAGGGAAGCGUAGUGCAGUGAAGGGAAGCGUAGUGCAGAAAAGUGCAACGCAAGUGAAUGUACGCAGCCGUCUUGCGUCGCCAGCCGGUCGAGUGCAGCGCGUACUUUACGAUUAUUAGCAUUGCGCUUUUUGCCAAGUAGCAAUUGAUUAUUGCUUUUUUUUUUUUUUUUUUUUCUGUUUUUUGCUGUGGUUUGCGGUUUUCAUUAGCGAAGACGCGGUUCGAUUGUCGAUAAACGGCGCUGCCUGCGAUAAGCGCGUAAAUUGAAAUAAACAAACAGCAACAAAUAACGUGCGGCGAGCGACGAGUGGUGAGCGACGAAGACGUUGCCAAAAAACGCAUAAAAAUCUGCAAUGAAAGGCUUUUAGCUUUUAGCAUUUAGCAUUUAGCUUUCGGCUUUCGAACAAUAACGCUGAGAGUUUGCGUGAAUCAACACUUAAAACGGCAGACGAACAGCCAAACAAAGGAGAUUUGAAUAUUAAUGACAACUUUCUAACUUUUCGUACUUUGUUGGCUCGUAAAGUUGUAGUUGCAGUGCGCGUGUCGGAAUUUUCGUCACCUGUACGCUUGAGACGAGGAAUUGCAGCAACAAACUGGGUCACUGAUUGUUGGUUUCGGUAAACUCGAGGCUCAGAAUUCACUUGGGAAGCCUAGACGUUUAAAGUGAGCUUUGCCAACAACCGUUGCUCGCAUAUGCAGAAUUGUGAACUUGUGAAACACAAUUAGGACGAUAACAACAGUACAACGGAUGCGAAGCGACGAUAGCAACACGAUUACACACGGAUAGUACAAAAGUACGGAAGAUAGACCGCAAACAGUGACCACGGAUGGUACAUAGCAGUUGGAAGUGGGCAUCGAGAGGCACAGGGAAGAUACGAGAGUAGCCGCGAGAGCAGCAGAGUACGCAGUAGGCUACGCAUACGGUAGCGGAAGCGUACGCAACGUAAUAAACGCAUUGCCAAAAACAUGUUGGCAGCAGCAGCAACAACAACAUUGACAGCAACAAAAACACCAACCGCUGCGAUGACAACAUUGACAACGAACGGCUCAACAAUGCCGACCACGAGCAUGCUGAUGACAACAACAACCAUAACAACAAUGAGCGAUAAAGCACGAAGAGUUACUAAACAAACGGCACACGCCGCAACAACGGUAACAACAGCGGCUGGGACAACAACAGCAACUGGCACCAGAUCAGCCAUAACAGCAGCAACAACAACAACUACAAUUACCUCAGAUCCAGGCAUUUUAUGCUUUCAUCAUUGCAAUGUAAAAGUUUUCUGCUUCCACUUGCCACAUCGUUGCCCCAAAUGCAAACAAGUAUUAGACACCGGUGUCGAUGUGGACGGCAAGAAUGAUGAGGCCGCUGAAGCUGACGACGGCGAAAACGUUGUACGUGGUAAUGAAUUGGUUAGUAAUGGCUGCAAUGGUGAACGUACACGUGCCGGUAACGUUGUUGGUGUUGGUGUUGUUGGCUCUACGCGUUUGUUGCCUUUUCGCUUGCCCUAUCCGUUUAUACGUGCCUCGCAAUAUCCUUGCGCGAUUGUUUUACGUCCGACCACAGGCGAUUUUCUCAACGACUACAACAACUCAACCGAUUUGCAUAUUGCCGUGACGACCUCAACGGGUUGUGUUGUGGAAUUCGAUCGGUAUGGCUUGCGGCGCCACCGGCCCGAUAAUACACGCAUGUCCGAUUGGUGGCAAUGUCUGCUGGUUGGCGAUGUCCCCGAACCAUGGUAUGACUAUUGGGAUGAUAUAUUGCAGCAGAUUUGCAAUCAGCCGAAUCGCUGGACCGUCUCCCAUUACCAGGAGGAUAGCCACAAUUGUUAUACAUUCGUAUUGGCAUUCCUGCAGGCGCUCGCCUAUGACAAGCUCAGCGCUGCCGCACGCUCCAAAACCAGUUUCUGUGAGAAAUAUAUAGUUCCUAGAACCACAACGGCCGGCAAGUAUAUAUCCUUGUAUCGCAAGUUGCGUGAUACGGGCAUUUAUGUGCAUCCACAUCCUCAUCAACACUAUCAACACCAAAGGCAUUUGCUGCUUAACGGCAAACAACAGCAACACCAUCACACCUAUAACCAGCAGCAGCUACAAGUGAAGCCGUCACGUGGCAAGUCGAGAAACAAUGGACACUUGAAUGGUCAUGUGGGUGCCGCAUCCGUUCUGCUGGCCAACGGCGGCAAGGCAACCAGUAUCAUUUUGCGUGCGCCCAAUCUUUGCACCAUCGAAGAGUGAAGCAAACCAUCGCCUCACCAUUUGCAUUAGUUCUUUGGUACCGGUUCCUCACCCAAUCACUCAAUCAUUCAUUUAGAGCAUUCCAUUAAUUUGCAUAUGUACUUAGUAACAUAGGUUCUUGGCAGCAAUGUGUUAGGCAAUUAUGUAAUUGAAUAUGCGGUGAUGGCGUGCUUUAGGCACCACUACAACAACACUGCCGAUACAACAAGUUCAUGUUUAGCGGUAAUACCCUGCUGGGGAAAUAUACUUGUUUAUAACUGGUCUUUUACUAGUGCUUUUUGCACCAUAUACGUUCAUGUUUCAAAGUCUUAACGAUGUCGCUGCUGUUUGAGUGGUUCCGAACUAGUACGAUGUUUUCAAAAACGCGCCAGUUUUCGGUUAGAAACUAAAUUUACCACUGUAAGGCCACUAAAAAAAAAGCAAGCUCAAAAAAUUUUAAAGCAAGUGAUGAUAUCUAGCUCAUAGACUCAAGUGCAGAUAAUUUGAAUAUUUUUGAGCUACCACGUGCAGUUGGGUUCUGUACCACCAACUUGUCUGACUGCUGACCAGCUGUCGUUUACUUACUGGGUAAUUACCAUUACACAUGCAGCUGCAUAUUCGUUAAUACUCUGUCAAUGUGAGCGGCACUUCCUGCCAGCCUCCAGCUUCUAACCAAUGUUCCUCAAUAUUGCAUCCUUUGUUCGGACCUUUCUUUGCAACACAUACACUUCCUUUUACUAGUUUUUAUUGUUUACUUCAUUGCUGCAGAUUUUUAAGGUGUAUUUUUGUUUUCCUACACUGUGUUUCUAUUCUUCAACUUUGGUCUCUUUUGUCUUAAACUUUUAAGUUAAAAUAAGAAAAUAGUUCAUUUUUAUGCGAUAAAAUUGCCUUUUGUGAAUUAAAAGUCAAUAAAAUAUAAUAAUUUAGUUAAUUAAAAA